CGACAUGCCCCCCUCCUCCUCCUCCGCCCCCUCCUCCUCCUCCUCCUCAUCCAUCCCCGCGGCACAGAUGUCGGCAGAUGUUGCAAGAGGAGCACUUCCUGCCACGCGACGGCAAAGCAGCCGAUUGGGAGCAUCUGCUGGCAUUGCGCGACGCGACGCGACGCGACGCUGUGAACGUUCUGCGAAAACACAAAUGUGGACGAUGCUCUGAGAGCACGUGCGUCGGCUUAUUACACCGCGCUUCUAUACACAUGCUAACGUUCUGGGUGCGACUUGUGUGGACUGCGCCGGUUUCGCGAUAACAGGGGGACGAAUGUUCGCGUUCGUCUGCGUCAUCGCAGCCACGUGCGGAGAAUUCAAGAAGCUUUCAUUUUGAAAAGCAAAACAGCAGAGCUCGAUCAAACUUCCGGUGUGGCAUCCCGGGAUGGGCCAGCAUCUCCCAGAAGCGCAACGGUUCACUUGCAUCGAAUUCAAGUAUUCUGAAAUCCCAUUUUAUUUUUGAAAAGCAACAUCGGAACUUAAUGCAAAAAAAAGUGUCAUUCCAUUUAUUUUUUAGCUUUUAUUUUGAAAUCGGCCCUCGCACCGUGUUGACGGCGCGUUACCGUAAUGCAGAGUAUCAUGAAAAUCAAGUCAAGGUUGGCUUGACUUCUUAUUUUUACAUCUAUUUGCAUACGAAUAUAUUGUGCACAUCUAUUCAAUAUGCUCGUCAUAAUUCGUCAACAAUACAUCUACAGUAACGCAAUGAGUUCGUACGUAACCGGAAAGCCGUUUGAAUAAAACGCUGCCCUCUUGUGGCUGCCGUCCAGUAUUGUCGUUGUGGUACAACAACAGGACGACGGCGGUGGGAAAACGAGGUGAAAAGGCGAGCCGCGUCACUUCAAUAUUUGACCUUCCCUGGCUCGAAGCUUUGCAAGCACAAGCGGCAACUUCUACGGGGAAGGACCGAGAAGAAGUGCCGACGACCGGCGGCGCCAAGCCGAUUUUCAUUGUGUCCAAAUGAAAAAUGUCUUCGACCGGAAGUGGUAGCGUGCGCUAGUUUGUCGGGACCUCGACGGACGACGCGUUGCCGUGCGUCACUGUCUGCACCGAACCAUUUCCGGGUGAAAGGCUUUUCGCGGUGAGGCUGCAAAGAAGGGAAAAAGGGAACCGUUGGGAGUCGAGGACGAGCAGGCAUGUUCACUGCAUUUACGUUUGGUUUCAUGGCGGACUUGGAAGAAACGAGGGAAGGAGAUGUCCUUGUACGCAUAAAGGGAUCCGGCCGUCUUGAAUGAUGCAAAGGAAGGAUGCAGAGGAGGUCCCCUGUUCCUCUGGCAUGAGCAGUGGGGCGAGUUUGGGCAGAGGACUGCAGGGCCCCGCCCCUUGCCCCGCCCCCGCCUCAGUCGCCGCGAGAAGACUGACGUCUCUCCGAACUCGAGAUCUGACACUAGGGGGCGCCCUGAAGAAAGCAAAGAAAACCUUUGAGCCGAACGUCAACGCUGUGAGGAAAAGCAAGGACGAGUUCAAGGAAGAGAUUCAAGUGACGCCGAGAAGAGAGCGGAAACAGAGGGAUGACAGAAGGAGAGAGAGCAGAGGCAGGAGGAAAGAGAAGCCGCAGACGAUUCAGUCUCACUCGAUCUUUGAGCAGGGUCCUGCUGACACUCUGCGGAAAACAGGCUGGGUGGCUGCUCCGAAAGUGGGCGACGCCACCGCGCCGCCUAAAUGCGGUCCCGUAAAACAAGAGCGGAACGACUCCGACGAUGACGAUGAGCUACUCCGAAAACUACAGAGAGACGACUUCAUAUGCGAUCCUGAUUUGAAGAAUGAUGCCAAGUUGAACCCCAUCCAGUUACCUUUGUGUCAGACAAGCACAACACCGGGUCAGGAGAAGCCUCCUCUUCUCGGAUCAUCAUCCACCGGACCUCAGGUUGGGACAGGCCAUAGCGGAGAGCAGCCAUCUUUGGUGGAGAUACUACAGGGUCUCUGCCUGUCUAGCGAGGAGGAACUCUUCUUCAUGCAGUUGCCUGACUGUAUGCCUGCGAGAGCUCAAAAAGCUGAGCUCAAUCCUGAGGCCAGGUUCGAGAACGUUGCCAUGGACAAGAAGCAGCUGUUUGGGAAAGCACAGGUUUGUCGCCUCAUCCGCGCAACACCGUCCGUGUCUGUCCUUGCGUCUUCCCAGGAGUCCCCGUCGGUGAAGUGCUCCCCUGUCCUGUCAGAAUUCCCAGAGGGAUUUCUGGGUAAGAUCCAAAUAAGAAAGUCGGGAAAGAUGGAGAUGAAGCUGGGCAAUGUUGUCAUGGACAUCACCGACGGAGCUGCUUUGUCAUUCCUUCAGGUACAAUUGGUGUCUGUCAAUCUGUCCGACGGUAAGACUGGAGACAUGGUGGUGUUGGGAAACAUCCAACAUAAACUGGUUUUAUCUCCAAAUUUCCAAACUUUAUUGGAACAAUCAACAGAACAGUAACAAGGAUCGUGAUCGUCCCCUCGUCAGCAGCGCUCACAGACAAGAUGGCGUGUUCUGUUUUCAGAGUUUUUCCUUGAUCGUUGCGGCAUCUUGGUGCGCUACCUUCAAUAAUCAACUCCUUUUUUAGGGCAGAUCCCCAAUAAUGUCUGUAUUUAUAUUCAGUUUUUCAGAUGUCUGGUUUUGUAUUUCAGUACCCUAGCUUUUGAAUAGGAUCUAUGUACACUAUAAUGCAAAUCGUUGUACAAUAAAGCAAGUCUUUCUGGGAAUAUAAAA